UUUAUGUAAUUGUCAAUUGUUAUUUUUAAACCCAAAACCCUAACAACAACACUCUCUUUUUUCUCACGUCACCGUUGCGGCCUUAGCAUUUGAGAGCUCUGCUGCCUUUGAAGUGGCAUUCCAAUGGGGGGAAAGAAGAAAGAGAGGAUCCAGAAUCCGCAGCCCUUCCUCGCCGAUGACAAUAAAGAGUCAUUGCCUUCGAAGAAGCGUUCCAAAUCUAAUGAGAGCCGGAAGCAGCAUCAGAUGGAAGAGAAGCUUAUCUCUUCCGGUAUGAGCUCCAAGAUACUCAAAGCGGCUCUGGCUCAACAGAGAGAGGUUGAGGACGAAGAGGUCCUUGCCCAAAACCCUAACAAUUCCCUACUGACUAUCGUCGAAGAGCCGGCCAAGGAUGAUGAUGAUGAAGUGGAAGAUGAUAUUGAUAAUUUUUCUGGGUUCGAUGAAACUCAGAGCCGCUAUGGCGAUUACGAGGAAAUUGAUGAAGAGGAUGAGAAACUACUCGAGUUAUUUAUGUCAAAAGAUGCAGUUCCACAACGUACUCUUGCUGACAUUAUUAUUGCAAAGAUUAAAGAGAAAGAUGCUAAUGUGUCUUCAGAAGUAAGGCCUAUGCCUCAGUUGGAUACCUCUAUAAUUGAUUUGUACAAGGGACUUGGCAAGUUUCUUAGCAACUAUACAGCUGGUAAGAUACCUAAGGCGUUUAAACACAUACCUUCAACGAUAAACUGGGAGGAUAUUCUGUAUUUGACCGAGCCCGAGAAGUGGUCCCCCAAUGCAAUGUAUCAAGCUACAAGAAUUUUCGCGUCCAAUUUGGGUGUGAAGAGGGCAGAGCGCUUUUACAAGCUUGUCUUGUUGCCACGAGUCAGAGAAGAUAUUAAAAAGAAUAAGCGUUUGCAUUUUGCUUUGUAUCAGUCUCUGAAAAAAUCUGUUUACAAACCUGGUGCAUUCUUUAAAGGAAUACUAUUUCCUCUGUGUGAGUCAAGAACGUGCAAUCUAAGGGAAGCUGUUAUUAUUGGGAGCAUAAUACAAAAAGUUUCAAUUCCUCUUCUUCAUUCAAGUGUUGCAUUGUUGAAGCUUGCUGAUAUGGAAUAUUGUGGCACGACAAGUUACUUUAUAAAGCUCCUUUUGGAGAAAAAGUACGCUCUUCCAUAUCGGGCACUUGAUGCUCUUGUUGCACAUUUCGUGAGAUUUUCGGAUGACACAAGAAUUAUGCCUGUAAUAUGGCACCAAUCGCUGCUUGCAUUUGUGCAAAGGUACAAGAAUGAACUACAGAAGGAAGAUAAAGUUAACCUGAGAGCUCUUCUUGAAAAGCAAAAGCAUAAACUAGUUACUCCUGAGAUUAGCAGGGAGCUAAAUAAUAGCCGCAAUCGGGGUGAGAAGGAGGAUGAUCUUAUGCUAAUUGCUUCCCCUAUUUCUGUGAUCAAUAAGACCAUUGAAGAAGAUAGGUUUGAUAUUCCAGAGGUUCCUAUGGAGGAAGAUUGAUCAAAGUACUUGCCAAAGCAUGAAAAUUUCGUCAGAAUUUAAUCAUGAAGAUUUGUUAAUAGAUAUGUUAACAAGUGCACAUUUCUCAAACUUGUUUCAGUUUCAUUCACACAAUGAGAGGGCACGUAUUGCAGUGAAAAUAGUUUCGUCUGAAAUGAACAAAUUAAAAGAUAGUGUGAAUUUCACACCCUUGAGAGACCGCAAGACCAUCACGCAGUGUACCAGUCGUUAAAGACAUUCACCCAUGAGAUGCUAGCAAGGCUUAGUUUAUCACUUUCACAGGAAAUUUUUGAUUGGAUAUGUUUUGUCAUUUAUAUUUUGAUCUUAACUCAUCAAACAUCAUUUCAUCAUCAUCCUUAGAAUUUGUUUCAUAUUGAGUUUGAGAUGAAGAUGAAGUUUAUUUAGAGGAUCGGUUUUGUUUUUCUUUUUUUAAAGUGUUAAUGUUUCUCUAGUAGUAAUUUUCUUCAACUGUAUAGUGUUCUUUAUUUUAGUACUUGAAAAAUAUAAGACAUGGGUUUAAAUUAAUAUUGACUUUGUAUUUUAUUUCUUUUAAUAUUGAUUACAUGCAAUUGUACCAA